AUGGGACUCGUGCUUAUCUUCACACUCUGUGCCUAUUUACACCGAUCUUUCAGUCAGUCAGUGGUACAGACACCGCCAACGGUAGCCACGAAAGAGUGCCAGUCUCUCAUCAUCAACUGUGUUUUCUACGGUGGCUUCUUCCGUCGUCCUUUAACUGAAGGGACUUUCUUCAAACAACGCCAGGCUGGAUCAGAGUGGGAGCGGCUCUCGGCAGGGGGGAGAUUUAAUGUGAGGAUAAAUAAAGCAGAAAAGACAUUUUCGCUGGAAAUUCAGGAUGUGAAAGUUGAAGACACCGCCACCUAUUAUUGCAAAGCAGAAAUGGUGUCACUGUGUUGGUACUAUGACACUGCAGAUGGGUCCGGUUCAGAGGUGACUGUUACAGCUGAUUCCCCUUCACUGGUGUCCCGCAGUCCGGCUGUACAAAGCUCUGUAACCGGAGACACUGUUACUUUAAGCUGUGAAUAUUCAGGAUUCUGUCAGUACACAGUUUCCUGGUACAGGCAGUCCCCAGAAGAGGGUCUGAAAUAUUUGCUUCAGAGCUACACAUCAGGAGAUCAGAAUAAAGAAAGUGCAGCUGGAGGCAGAAUUUCUGCUGCUGUUGACUCCUCGACAAAAAUCAGUCGAUUAAAAAUCUCCACAAUACAACUGAGUGACUCUGCUGUUUAUUACUGUGCACUGGGUCGGCGCUCAGCACACACAGUGAUCGAGAACAUGCUUUAUACCCUGAAGGGCGACAUUGAGCAGUCACCUGGAAACUGCAAUCGAAGACGAGAAUUUCCACCUUGCAGUUACAUGUACGCACCACUAGAGUGUAGUGUGAAUCUGCGGGUUCUCUUACUGUUCCCGACUCUGAUCUCCAUAGGAGUGAUUGCAGCAGUCGACAUGAUGAAACUUCCUCCGUGGAUGGUUGUUAGUGAAUUGGGAAUGGUGUCCAUGAACUGCUCCAUUGCUGCCAUUAAAUGUACCCCUGUGCAUUGGUCCAGACAGCUGCCAAAUCAGCCACCCGAGCAUUUAGUGAUGACCAGAAGAGAAGCCAACCAGCCUACGAGGUGCCACAAGAAAUCUCUGAAAUAUUUAUUGAGGAAAUUCGACUUGGAACAUAUUGAUAGGUCUCCACACCUCUCAGAUCGGUUUUCUACUAAUUUGGAUGAAGAAGAGAAAAUGUUUCCUGUAAAAGUCAACUGUGCUCUUGUAUCUGACUCUGAAAUUCUUGACUGUGCGUUCGACUUCACAUAUGUGAAUUGUGCAGAUUCGAUCUCACAGCAGCCAGCUACAGCAAAACAGCUUGAAGGACUGUCGGUGAACAUUAACUUUAGCUAUUCGAUCGAAACAGCUGUCUCAUAUUCCUUACAAUUGUACCGGCAAGACCUGGGUAAAUCACCAACAUUAUUGCUCUAUAUCCUUCAAUACGGAACCGUUCACAGAUCUGAUGGCGUGGGAAAUCGAUUUUCUGCAGCUCUGGACACUUCAAAAAGUGAGGGGAGUUUCACCAUUGGUGACCUACGACUGUCUGACAGCGCUGUGUAUUACUGCGUGCUGAGAGACACAGUAUGUGACGAGAUUUCAAUUAAUGUUGCCUCCAAUGGAAGCAUUUGCUUCAAAUUAGAGAGUGAAAAGCCUCUCCAAACAAUUGCUACAAAGUGGAGUGAAUCUGUUAUCAAAACAAACAAGUCCCGACAGAAAAUAUCAGAGAAACGCUGCAAAUUAGUGAAGACUGUGCUUGAGUUUGGAGACAGAUCUCCUGAUGUCAAGUUUGUCCGGCCUGUUUAUGCAUCUGAGGCGCUGCCAGUAAAAGCCACAAGCUCUCAAGCUUACCUUCUCUGGGGAUUAAACUCAGAGCCUGCAGCUUCUGAAACUGAUGCACAGCCUGCUGCGCCACCUCUAUCAUGGUCACACUGUCCCUGUGCGUCAGUUGAUGCUGCUGUCAGUUUGGAUGGUGUUGUGUCCUGCUGCCUUUCUUCUGACAGAAUUCUGAAUGAUUUCUUUCCAUUGUUUGUGCAGUGUUGUCUCUUCUCAGCAGAGGAGCAGCUUCCAUCUCACAGUGCAAAUAAAUCAUGUGUCGGACCAGACAAUAGAAAAAUGAAACUCGUUCUUAUCUUCACACUGUAUGCCUAUUUGCACCGAUCUUUCAGUCAGUCAGUGGUACAGACACCGCCAACGGUAGCCACGAAAGAGUGCCAGUCUCUCAUCAUUGACUGUGUUUUCUAUGGUGGCUUCUACCGUCGUCCUUUAACUGAAGGGACUUUCUUCAAACAACACCAGACUGGAUCAUAGUGGGAGCGGCUCUCGGCAGGGAGGAGGUUUAAUGUGAGGAUAAAUAAAACAGAAAAGACAUUUUCGCUGGAAAUUCAGGAUGUGAAGGUUGAAGACACCGCCAGCUAUUAUUGCAAAGCAUAGUUACAGCACACAAUGAUGGGGAUCAGCUUCCCAAUGGUAUCACUGUGGUUGCACCAUGACACUGCAGAUGGGUCUGGGACAGAGGUGACUGUUACAGCCAAUUCCCCUUCGCUGGUGUCCCGCAGUCCAUCUGUACAAAGCUCUGUUCCCGGAGACACUGUCACUUUAAGCUGUGAAUAUUCAGGAUUCUGUCAGUACACAGUUUCCUGGUACACGCAGUCCCCAGGAGGGGGUCUGAAAUAUUUGCUUCAGAGCUACACAUCGGGAGAUCAGAAUGAAGCAAGUACAGCGGGAGGCAGAAUUUCUGCUGCUGUUGACUCCUCGACAAAAAUCAGUCGAUUAAAAAUCUCCACAAUACAACUGAGUGACUCUGCUGUGUAUUACUGUGCACUGGGUCGGCGCUCAGCACACACAGUGAUCGAGAACACAGUCACAGCAGUACAAAAACAGAAUGGGAAAUGCACGCAAAAUGAUACAGAGCAUGGAGACAGCUGUAAAAACACAUGA